ACUGUCGUCUAACCAUAAAGGUAGAAUGGCGCUUAUAGCGCGUGGGGCCCAAAAGAAACGUAGUCCCGGUGUGUUGUUGAAUGAAAUGCACUUAACCUAGAUUAACCUUUCUGUAUAAGAUAUUAUCAAUUACAUCGACUGUCCAAGCACUGUUAUAAAAAAAAGAAAAUUAUUAACGCGACUACAGACCUCGACAUUAUUGAAGCGAAAAUUUGAAAAUGAUGAAUGGAGAGAGACCUCCUCCGCAGAUGUUUUUGGGAGAGCAUGGAGUAGAAAAUACUUUCGAGUUUAUGGGUUAUGUGCGUAAUGAAGCAGCUAAAGAUGCAUCGCCGUUGGAAAAAUUUCAAAAGACGAUGAAGAUAGAAGUAGUGGAAGACAAGGAUAAUGUAUUAGAAUUCGAUAUGGUUGGUUGUUCUGCUACGCUGGUCAAUGCAUUUCGUAGAAUACUCUUGAGUGAAGUACCAAGUAUGGCUAUUGAAAAGGUUUAUAUCAUAAAUAAUACUAGUGUGGUCCAAGAUGAAGUACUUGCACACAGGUUGGGUCUUAUACCUCUGCGGGCGGACCCUCGAUUAUUUGAGUAUCCAUCGGGCAAUACCAGAAAAGACGACGAGGUCAGCGAUCUAGAUACUUUAAGAUACGAGUUAAAAGUCACAUGUACAAAGAAUCCGCAAAAGUCGCAGGAGUCGACCAAUUUACCAGAAGAGAUAUAUAAAAACGGAAAUGUUUAUAGCAAAGACAUCAAAUGGGUGCCAAUAGGCCGACAAGGAGAGAUGUUCCCACAUGGACCAGAGGAACUAUGCGUACUGGAAAACGACAUAUUGAUAGCGAAGAUGCGUCCCGGCCACGAGAUUCACGCGUACAUGCACGCGUUUAAGGGCAUCAGCAAGGAUCACGCUAAAUAUUCUCCCGUGUCCAUCGCGACGUAUCGUCUCUUACCGCACAUCGAACUACUAAAGCCUGUGACCGGCAAGAAAGCGGAUCUCUUAAAAAGUUCCUUCAGCCCAGGCGUGAUAGAAGUAGUGGAACAGAAGACUGCUUCGGGUGAGACUGUACGUGAAGCACGCGUGAAGAAUGCUCGGUAUGACUAUUGCUCCAGGAAUGUCUUCCGUUAUCCUGAGCUUAAGGGCUGCGUAAAGUUAACUCGCAUACCGGAUCAUUUUAUCUUCACUGUGGAAACUCUGGGAGCGCUACCAUCGGCUGUGUUAUUUAAAGAAGCUGUUAAGGUACUCAAGACCAAAUGCAUAACGUUCAUUGAUGAGUUACAGAGUUUAGGAAAAUGAAUGUAAUACAAAGUUUUGUAAUAUAAAUACAUGUGCACACACAUAUGUGUAUAUAUUUAAGUUUAGAAA